AUUCAAGAACAUAAAAUGGAAAAGCCUCCUGUGAAGGAAUCUCAACCUGAGGUCAAGGAGAAAACACCACGUGUAAGGAAGAAGUCCUUUGUAGAAGAAGUACAAGAAGGAGUGGCUAGUAUGAUCUCACUUCAGAAUGAUUCAGUCAUUAGUCCCCUUAAUAUGCCACAACCUGAUGUCCUAGAGCUUGGAGAUGAAAUAGAAAGAAAGAAGAAUAGGGUAAUUUUAGAGUAUUUGCUCAAAUACGAAUCUAUUUCAUCACUAAAAGAUAUCGCUAGUCAAAAACUCAAAUAAACUGAAAUUAGAUGCAAAGAAUUUAGAUAUCAAAUCAUUGAAGAAAAAGAUAGAUGAUUACACUCAAACUUCAGAAUAUGCUAGACAAGCAGAUAAAGUUUAUUACCUUAUCGGAUGCUCUAUUACCUUCGUGACGAUAUUCAUCCUCGGAAAGUUCCCUGGGACCUUUUACUUUUACUGGCUAGCCUUUAUCGAAAUCUCAAUGUUAUUAAAAAGAUGUCAUCUGUACUUUCAUUUAAAAUGGGAAUACUUCUUGAUUGAUUACUGUUACUUCUGCAACAUAGUUAUGUUGAUAUACAUAUUCUUUUUCCCAGGAAGUAGGUUUUUGUCAAUCUUCAUGCAUUCGAUGUCAUUUGGAGUACUCUCCUACAGCUUGUUUUGAUUCAAAAAUAGUUUCAUAUUCCACCAUUUGGAUAAGUUGACCGACCUGGUUAUUCACUUGUUACCAAUAGUAACAAUGUGGAAUAUUAGAUACAACAUCGGAGGCACAGAAGAAUUUAAGCAGUGGGGUUUCUGUGACUUGUCUGAAGUUCCUUUCUCUUUUGGCUAUAUAAUCGAAGCAUUUUCUGCUGCGAACAAAAUGUACCUAAGCCACGCUUGCUUCUACUAUUUCUUAGUCUGUGUUGUAUUGAGAACAGAGAUAUUUGAAAAAGGCAAGAACUGACUUCUGAAGUACACUACUGAGAAUAGUCCAACAGCUCUAAGAUGGCACAAAACAUAUGGUUUGUGGGCGAGAUGUCUUCUUUUUGCUAUAAACCACUACCUCUACGCUACAGGGAUGACAAUCCUAAGUAUCCCAGCUUUCUUUUCUGAAUACUUUGCCUUCAUCCAGCUUUUCUUUUACCUCUUUGUCAUUGUAAAGAACGGAGCAGACUACUACUUCAGCUACUUCUCAAAGAAAUACGAGUCCAAGCUGCAAGAACUAGAUGAACUAGAAACCGCCCAAAAAGCAGCAGCCUCCUAAAAAUUAUGCUCAAAUUCCAAAUUCAUGAAGAGAUUUAG